AUGGAAAUCUAUUGCGAUGGUGUUCUUGUUAACGAGGCUUUAUAUUUCCUUGCGAAUACCAAGGAAUCGUAUACGAGUCCAUGUAAGUUUAUCGCUAGUUUUGAUCUUUGGACAGAAAACUUCUCGCUUAUAGACUGCCCCAGUUACGAGGAUAAGUUAAGUUCUAAUUUGAUGCUAAGUUUGUCGGAAUUGGGUGGGUGUUUAUGUCUGGUGAUGAAUUAUCAUAACAGUGGUAUUGGUGAAUUUUUCCUUAAUCCUAAUCUGCGGCAUGAUUCUGUAUUGGUAUGUGCUGUUGUGUGGGUGAUGAAGGAGCAUGGAAAGAAAGAUUCAUGGAUUAAGUUAUUUAGUAUUCACAACCCAAAUAGUAUUAGGAGUUAUCUACUUAUUAAGCCUCUCAUUUACUCCAAAGAUGGGCAGAGAAUUUUGUUGGAGAUGGACUGCAGGGGCCUUCUUUGGUAUGAUUUGAAGUCAAAUAAAGUUGAUAGAUACACAGUUCAGGGGAUGCCGAAUGGAGUUUUUGAGAUGGCGUAUUUUAUGGGUAGUCUUGUUUCCCUUGAAGAUAAACUGCAUCCUGAAAUAGAAACCUUGCCAAGGAAGAACAUGAAGAGAAAAAACAAGAAUGAUUUGGGUAACUAUCUUUCUGUGGGGUUCAAGCUGAUACUGUAACGCAUUUGAAGAUGAUGCUGCUUGGGGGUUAUGUUCAGAUUGUUUAAUGGAUAGGACUCUGCAUUGUUAAAACUUUGCACCUUUGACUGGUUUUUAUGCCAUUUUGCCUUGAGCAUAGCCAACAAUUUCAAAAGCUGAAGCAGUAUUCAGUUAAUAUUAUGAUUUUGAAGUGACGUACCCUUGGUUGAGGUGGCCAUUAAAGAACUCACUUGGAUGCUAUUCUAUAUAGGCCUUUUCAAGUAAGUUUACAGAAAGCUAUCUUUUAUAGUACAGAGUAUCUAGUUAAGUCAACUUUGGUGCUAAACCGCUAACCUACUGUUAAUAGACUAAUGUUGUAAUGCGUCAAGCUAUACUUUCCGGUACUAGUAUGGCCUCGGUAGAACUUCUAAUGUAACUGUCUGUAAACAAUGGAUAACCUUAGUUUCUGGUUUCAUCUGGAUAUCUGUUUCGAUAGUUGGUUUUGAUUUUUUUAGGCUUUCUGAAGUACAAUGUGAAUAUCUGAUAAAAUAUUUGGUGAAACUUUAGCAUAAUUGUAUUA